AUGUCAGGCCAUCCCCUCGAGGUGCUCAGCCUUCAUCCAGGCCUCUUUGAGCACGCGUUUGCCAAGGCUGAAAAGCACGAAUUGCUGUCGAAGAAAUGGUUUCAUGCGCUGCUGCUGUUCUUGCAUCCGGACAAAAGCCAUCAUCUUCCCCUAGAGUGGCAAAAUGCACAGAACUACACUGCGGUUCGGGAGAGCUUUAAGCUUCUCCCACAAUAUAAGGAGGACAUGGAAGAAGCGAGUACACGCACGGUUUACGAAGAGCGGGUUCGUAUCGAGAAAUAUCGACUCUAUCUUCAGACGAAGUUCAAGCAACGGUUCAACAACUGA